AAACUCCUUCCCAUGCGCCACGAUCAUGGCUAUAGGCCGUUCUUCAUGAACCUGACCUUCGAUGUUUGUGCGUUUUUUAGGAAUCUGCAGAAUGAGAAUGGACCUAAGGAGCUGAUCCUACGGGAACUCUUCCAGACGGUCAAGCCGUACACGAACAUCAAUCACACGUGUCCCUACCAUCAUGAUGUGGAAGUUUCUAAGUUGUGGACUGGCAAUCUGGAGGCACGCUUUCUGCGGUAUCUGCCAUUGCCCCAGGGGGACUACAGUCUCUCUCUCAGCUGGUACACCUCCAGCGUUCAUCGAGCGACUGUCAAAGUGUACUUUAGGCUGACCGACAGCUAAAUACCAAAUAUAUUUAUGCGCGUGUUUUCAAUUCAAUCACAGGCAUUAGUGGAGCAUUGAAUUGGGGAGUGAGGGCGAUAGGAUCUCUGUUAAUGGCUGGGAUCAUUACAACACGAA